ACCUCGAUCUGGUGACUUUGACAUCUUAAAUGACAUUACAUAAUAAUAUAACCCUAUUUUUUGGUUUUAUGAAGAUUUUUUUCAUAUUUUGAGUCUAUUUUACGAUGGGCCAAACUUUUGGAAAUACUUUUAACAACGGUAUAAAUUUAUAUUAUCAUCCCGAAAUUACACCUAGUCCAAACGAUGAACCAACUUUUGAUCCUUUAUACGGUUUCGAAAAUGGUCGUAAACAAAGAGUUAUGAUAGCUACAGAGGAGGAAAUGAGGUCUGCGAAACUACCUCUAGAAGAUAGGGAUUAUUGCGCACAUUUAUUAUUAAAAUUUCAAGCUUGCAGAAAAGAAAAUUGGCCUUUUGUAGUGAAAUGCCAUCAUGAAAAACACGACUUUCUUAAUUGCAAAUAUGAUGAUUUUGUUAUUCGAAUGAAAGAAUACGAACGUGAAAGGAGAUUGAGAGUAUUGAAACAAAAACAAAAUUUAUCAGAAGGUGGCAAUGGAGAAGAGUGAAUAAAUAUGUUAAUUUAUACAAAAAAGUAGUAAAAUCGUUUGUGAAUAAGUGUUAAAUAAAUAAUAAGAAUCAG